AGCACCCGCCAACCACCAGCAUCGGUUCUUUAUCAUCCCUUCUCAUUGACUGGCUCGGCUCAGCACUCAGAGGUUAGGACUACUUCUCGUUCAAGGUGAAAGAAACUUCUGAAAACGUUCACGAUGACGACAUUUGUGUGUGUCUUCAGUGUGGCAGCGUUACUUGCCCUCAUCAACCUCGAUCCAGUUUCAACCCUCGACGUCCCUCGAGCGUGCUCUCGCCUCUUACGCUGUGUGAGCUUCGAUGCUCCUGCAGUGACGUCACUCGCCUCGGUGACGGAGACACAGCUUCUGAACCAGACGUGCAGGGAGGAGGCGAGCCAGUCAGUAUGUGCUCACAGAGAGAGGCGCAUGCGCCGACUGGGCAGCCACCUACAUAACUGUCACUCCAUCUACGACAUCCAGGUGGAGAUACUGGAGCUGAGGUCAAGGUCGUCCGGCAGGGACACGCUGGCAGACUGCGGCCUCUUGGCAGAACUGAGGGAGUGUAUGUUGCGUUCGACGGGGCGCUUGUGCGGUUCCGCAUUCAGAUCUGUCAUCGACAUUUCCUGGAGGAUCAGCUAUGCACAGAUGCAGGAUAGACUUAGGUGUCCAACUAUUGACGAAGCAGAAUAUGGCAUCAGUGGCAGUCUCCCUAACCUUCCAGGAUCAGCAGGCACGGGCAGGCCGUGGAGAUACACGACUUCCAGGAGAGUUAACCGCCCGUAGACACGCAUAACUCCGUGAUGACUACAAAGACAUUCUACGAAUAGUCAGCUGAGACGCGAGAGAAGCCAAUGAUAUUGUUGUACAGGCAAAGACAUCAUUCAGAUGUUUUCGUUUGAAACUUGACUUUAUUUAGUACAAUAACCCACCACGUUGUAGCCUACGUCUUCUCAAAGAUAGAUACAUGAUACCCUAUAUUAUUAAGUAGGCCUACAUGUACAGUACUCGGCUUAAAGCUAUUGCAAACGUAUGGUCUAUUCUGCAGCAGUUUAGUCUAGUAGUGCGCGUCGUGCCGCGAGCCUACGUUCUUCUACUCUCAGUUUUGGUUUUAGUAAGAGUUUUACAGCCUUUGCAACACAAUUAGGUCAUAUAAGAGCCAAAGAUUAGAGGUGUUACGACUGGGUGGACCACUCGCCACCGGUAAUUUCAUACACUUUUAAAAACCUGUCUCCUCAAUUUUGUGAAAAAUCAAACGCUUAUUCGUAACCGCAUCAGGUGUUAACCCUAUUCAUGAUGUCAAUAGCUUUUUAACGGAUAUCAAUAUAUUUGCUCUGUAUAUAAUCAUUUUGUACACAUUAGCUGUAAAGCGCAUAGGGUAAAGCAUGCUUUAGAGCGUGGGUAUAAAGCGCUGUAUAAAUGCAAUGGCUAUAACUUGAUAUAGU